AGAAUAUGCUGCCUGCACGGUGAUCCCCAUUUCAGCAAAUCCACUUUUCAGUUAGUUCCCUACAGUCAAACAUUCAUCCACAUUAUUAAUCUGGAUCCGAGUUAAUUGUUGAAUCGGGGCAGUUUCCCUUUGUACGAAAAGAAAUUUGGAUAGAAUUUUCGAUGGAAAAAACAAAGUCUUCCAUGGAAGAUGAGGCAUUUGAAGUAAGGAAGUUAGAAAUCUCGGAUAAAAAGAAGGGGUUUGUGGAGCUGCUUCAGCAGCUGACUGUAUGCGACUCCAUCUCCGACGAAGCAUUCAAUGAACGGUUUAGGGAGGUGGCUAAGUAUGGCAACGACCAUCUUAUAUGCGUGAUAGAAGAUAAAGGUUCAGGCAGGAUCAUUGCAACCGGGAGCGUCUUCAUAGAGAAGAAAUUCAUAAGGAAUUGUGGCAAAGUUGGUCACAUCGAAGAUGUGGUUGUGGAUUCCAAUGUUCGAGGAAAGCGUUUAGGGAAGAAGAUAAUCGAAUUCCUAUCUGAUCACGCCCGGUCGACGGGGUGUUACAAGGUGAUUCUCGAUUGCAGCAGUGACAACAUGCCGUUUUAUAAUAGGUGUGGUUUCAAGCAGAAGGAAAUGCAGAUGGUGAAGUAUUUUUAGUUCUUGAAAAGUUAAAGUUAAAGCAUUAGGAUUGUUUGAUGGAUUUUGGAUUGUUUGUUUGUUUUUAUUUAUAUUGAUUGAUGGGGGAAAUGAAAAUACGGAAAUUUUAUCCUUGCAUCA